GUCUCUUUUGGUUCCUUUUAGUGAAAAGUGGGGUGAUAAAGAAAUUGAUAUGCUGAGAGUUGCAGUGUCUAAGUUUGGAGAUGACCUCAAGGASAUUAGUGAGCAUGUAAAGAAUAAAUCAGUGUCACAAAUGAAAACUGCAAUCAAAAAAAGAGCAAAUCAAGAAGACACAGCAAAGAAAAAUGCCUCAAAUUUAGCCAGUCAAUCAGAACCAAAACCUAAAAAACAAAAAGUAUUACAAAAAGAUAMUGCAAAGCAUGAAGGAGUACCAGUAAAUACCCAAGCCUCCCCUCCCCCAUCAGUGAUGCUUUCAGACUCAGCACUUAAAAACAUUGACAUUGAUGUCAUGUUUAACAAUAGUGAACAAGAACCAGUUUUUCCUGACAUUCAAACAGGAUUAGAUCCUCUAGAACGACAAAUUGCAAGUGAAAUCCUCUCAGAAAUGUGAUCAUAAGCAAAUGAAGUAACUUUCCAACUACAUUGAAUUACUAAAUACCAGAUGGACAAGUUCAAUUUAACCUGCCACCAGAAAGAAAUUGUAUGAAUGAGAACUGUGGUCAUGUUGGCAAUCGAGGCUAGACGUGGAUAUAGUAACAC